UCGACGAGAGAGAGACCGUUUGCUGUGUCAUUUUAUUUAUCUCUAUGGAAAGUGUUCUCUUGUCAGUUUGUUUCAAAACUAAGAAUAGUGCUCUUUUUUGUGCGUUUGCUGGUGAUUUUCUGCAGAUUCCUUACUCGCGCUUGAUAUUAGGACACGGUGGAUUAUAAGUACCGAAGCUAAAAGAUUGUUCGAUGGCGUUGUGUAAUACUUCGUGCAGAAGAAGCUUAUUACAAGUACUAACUGACUGAUAGCGCACAGUCUGCUUAAUCUGGGCUGCUUUAAUCCGUGUCAUCGCAAAACUAGUGCUCCGCAAACUCCAACAAAACGCUAAUCCACGAACAUCGACCACACUGUGAAAUUGAGACUGCCGGCUCAGUGCAAAAUAUACGUUUACACAAUUGAUGGGAAGAGAAAAAAAAUAUUUGCAUUUCACUUAAAGCAACGUUCUCGUAAUCAAUCGAGAAAACGGAAUGAAAAAUUAUCCACCGCCGCUACUGAUGCACCGACACCGGACGGUUCGAAGCCGGAUAAUCCUGCUGUUUGCAAUAUUAUCAACCGUUUUUCACGGUGGCUCUAGCUCGGACGUCGUCCGGGACUGGUGGCAGGAUACGGUGUUCUAUCAGAUCUACCCCCGGUCGUUCAUGGACAGCGACGGCGACGGCAUUGGGGAUCUGCGGGGAAUCACGGCAAAGCUAUCGCACCUGGCGGAUGCUGGCAUCGGGGCGACUUGGCUAUCGCCCAUCUUUCUAUCUCCGAUGGUUGACUUUGGGUACGACAUUGCCGAUUAUACCCGGAUUCAACCGGAGUACGGCACGAUGGCAGAUUUCGAAGCGAUGGUGGCGGAAGCGAAUCGAUUGGGGAUUAAGAUAGUGCUCGAUUUUGUGCCCAAUCACAGCAGUGACCAGUGCGAAUGGUUCCAACGGUCCGCUGCCCGGGAUCCGCUGUACGAGAAUUUCUACGUGUGGCACGACGGCAAGGAAAGUGAGGAUGGAGGUGAACCAGCUCCACCGAAUAACUGGCAAUCAGUUUUCUACGGCUCAGCGUGGACGUUUCACCCGGGGCGGGGUCAAUAUUAUUUGCAUCAAUUUACCAAAGAGCAACCGGACUUGAACUUCCGCAAUCCGGCGGUGGUGGAGCGGAUGAAUGAUGUAAUGCGCUACUGGUUGGCCAAAGGUGUGGCCGGAUUUCGGAUUGAUGCCGUCAAUCAUCUGUAUGAGGUGGAAGACUUCCGGGAUGAACCGGAGACGGGAACGGAUCGGGAUCCGCUGUCGUAUGGAUUUACUCAUCAUUACUACACGAAGGAUAUGCCUGAGGUGUACGACAUGGUGUACCAAUGGCGUACCCUACUGGAUGACUGGAAGCUCACGCACGGUGGUCCGACCCGGAUCAUGAUGACCGAAGCUUACGCCAAUAUUACAUUCACUAUGAGGUACUAUCGAUCAACCGGCGAUGGCGUCCGUAGUGGAUCGCACAUGCCUUUCAACUUUUUGCUCAUCACCGAUCUAAAUGAUGCAUCCAGCGCGCAAGAUUUCGUCUUCACGAUCAACAAGUGGCUGACCUAUAUGCCACGCGAUCAAACCGCUAACUGGGUUAUUGGGAAUCACGAUCAACCGCGGGUUGGAUCGAGGUACGGAAAGGAACGGAUCGAUGCGAUCAAUACGCUACUGAUGACACUACCGGGAAUUGCGGUUACGUACUAUGGAGAAGAGAUUGGUAUGGUGGAUUAUAAGGAUAUGCCAAGGGGGCAUUCACAGGACCCGGUGGCGAUGAGCACCAGCAAGGAACUUUAUAUUGACUUUUCACGUGAUCCAGAGCGAACUCCUUUCCAGUGGGACGAUGGCACCAAUGCUGGUUUUUCAACGGCGAACAAGACAUGGCUGCCAGUGAACCCAAACUAUGAAUGGUUGAAUUUGAAGAAUCAAAAGGCUGCGGAUAAAAGUCACUACAAAGUGUAUCAGCAGUUGGUGAAAGUCAGGCAGCACGAAACAUUUAGGCAGGGAACAAUACGACUGGUACCUUAUAACGAUCAAAUAGUGACAUUCGUCAGGGAGCUUCGCAAUCACGACACAUUCGCUGUGAUAGUUAAUCUAGGCCCUCAGAAGCAAGUGGUGGAUUUGACACUGUUUCCACGGCUUUCGGACCAACUGACAGUAGUCGUGACAUCAUCCACUUCCGAUCUUAAAACCGGCGAUACGGUGCACAGUGAUAGCAUUUUGGUUGGACCUUACGAUUCACUGGUUCUGCGAGAAAGCCCGGCCACCCAGUCUCGAUUACCAUUCGGCGUUCCCUUUCCGCUCCCUGCCGCCGUAAUGCAAUCGACAAAGGACACGCUCAUAAUUGCUUCAAUAAUGAUUGCACUGGCAGCCGGCUGUUACCAUUUCUAUCACCGGGGAGGCAUCGGCGAUGGAACGACGACGUCACACGCCCUCAGCAGCCGUAGCGAGUGGGAAGGCGGCAGAAAGUUUGCCUUCGUCAGUCGGUGAAAGUUGAAAAGUAGGAUAUCACCCACUCGGUACUAGGUUGGUAGGUAGGUAGGUAGGUAAGCGAAAUAGGGCGCAGUUCCUGGAUCGAGCGGUUUCGCGGAAGUGUCUGUACAAUAAAAACAGGAUGAGGUUGCACGUGGCGUUCUGGAUGAGCACCUGAAGUAGACUGUUUAUGGCCCGGUACUAAAGCAGAUUGCGGCCUUGGUGCUGUAAUCGUGAACCGUGUUUCCAGUUUUUUAAACAAUGUACAAUUUAUUCAUACUUGGAAUUUGAAGUGGGUUGAACGAUUAUAUUUUUCUUAGGUGCCUUUUGUCUCAAGUUCGUCUGUUUUAGUUUGAUGUACUUUUGAAUGUGAAUAUAUGCUUAAAAGAAAUAAAUACUAAAA